AUGGCCAUCAUGUCGCCGUCUUCCAAGACGAUAGGAGCGCUGAUGAUGACUUUGGUUCUCGCCACUGUCGCCGUCGCUGCCCGUCAGCCGCCGUCGCCGGGAGUGCCCACCACCACCACCACCAACCUGACCCUCCACAACCUUUGCCCGUACCCAGUCUGGCCGCUGGUGACCCCCAACGCGGGCGUGCCCUCGAUCCCCACCGACGCCGACGGCGAGCCGGCGGGGCGGCUGGACGGCAACGGCGAGGGCCUAGCGACGCUAGCGUUCCCGCCGGGCGCGUGGUCAGGCCGCGUGGUGGCGCGGACGGGGUGCGCCGGCGGGGACGACGACGACGAGGUCGACGCGUACGGCAACACGGUCCCGCCGGCCCCGUUCCGGUGCGCGACGGGCGACGCGCCGCCGGUGACGGUGGCGCAGGUGAGCGUGGGCGGGCCGGGCGGUGCCGCGGCGUACAGCGUGAGCCUGGUGGACGGAUUCAACGUGGCCGUCGUGGUUACGCCGCACGGGAUGCCGCCGCCGGAGGGCGCCCGGCGCGGGCGGCGGUGCCCCACGCUGGGAUGCGCCGUGGACCUCGCCGCCGAGUGCCCUGUUGCGGCACGGGCGCCAGGGGGAGGGUGCGGCGCCGGCGCGACCCAGGCGGCGCUGUUCAAACACCUGUGCCCUGAUACGAGGACUAACGCUACGGACGUCGAGGUCACGCCCCAGGACUGCGUCGACCCCGGCGAGAUCAAGGUCGUCUUCUGCCCCAAGCCCGACAGCGUCCUCGCCGGCCACCUCUAG